UUCGUUCAUAAUAUAGAAAGGAGCACCCUCACCAUCUCACCCUCACCUCUCUCUCAUUCUCACUUUUCUCACACUACUGCACACCCCAUCAUGGAAGCCAGUGCCGGUCUAGUCGCCGGGUCUCACAACCGCAAUGAGCUUGUUGUCAUUCAUGGCCAUGAAGAGCACAAGCCUUUGAGGAACUUGGAUGGCCAGUUCUGUGAGAUUUGUGGAGACCAAGUGGGACUAACAGUGGAUGGAGAUUUGUUUGUAGCCUGUAAUGAGUGUGGUUUUCCUGUUUGCCGACCUUGCUAUGAGUAUGAGAGAAGAGAAGGAAGCCAACUUUGCCCUCAGUGCAAAACCAGAUACAAGCGUCUCAAAGGGAGCCCAAGGGUGGAGGGAGAUGAAGAUGAAGAGGAUGUGGAUGAUAUUGAGCAUGAAUUCAACAUGGAUGAUGAGAGGAACAAACUUAAAUAUCAGGCAGAAGCGAUGCUUCAUGGAAAGAUGAGCUAUGGAAGAGGUCCUGAAGACGAAGAAAACUCCCAAUUCCCACCAGUUAUCUCUGGUAGAUCUCGACCGGUGAGUGGUGAAUUUCCAAUAUCAUCUCAUUCUCAUGGAGACCAGAUGCUAUCUUCUUCAUUGCAUAAACGGGUGCAUCCCUAUCCAGUUUCUGAACCAGGAAGUGCAAGGUGGGAUGAAAAGAAAGAGGAAGGUUGGAAGGAGAGGAUGGAUGACUGGAAAUUGCAGCAAGGCAACCUGGGGCCUGAACAGGAUGACCAAGACGUUGACUUGGCCAUGUUAGAUGAAGCUAGGCAACCACUUUCGAGAAAAGUACCAAUUGCAUCUAGCAAAAUCAAUCCUUAUCGGAUGGUGAUUGUUGCUCGGCUUGUUAUUUUGUGCUUCUUCCUCCGAUAUAGAGUCAUGAACCCAGUGCAGGAUGCGUUUGGGCUCUGGUUAACAUCUGUUACAUGUGAAAUUUGGUUUGCAAUUUCAUGGAUCCUUGAUCAGUUCCCUAAAUGGUUCCCAAUUGAUCGUGAGACCUAUCUUGAUCGUCUUUCACUCAGGUAUGAGCGGGAGGGCGAACCAAAUCAGCUGUCUCCAGUAGAUAUCUUUGUCAGUACUGUGGAUCCCAUGAAGGAACCUCCUCUUGUUACAGCGAAUACAAUUCUUUCGAUCUUGGCCAUGGACUACCCAGUUGAUAAGAUCUCAUGUUACAUUUCUGAUGAUGGUGCUUCCAUGCUCACAUUUGAAGCAUUGUCUGAAACUGCAGAGUUUGCAAGGAAAUGGGUACCUUUCUGUAAGAAAUUUGCCAUAGAGCCUCGAGCCCCUGAGAUGUACUUCAGUGAGAAGAUUGAUUAUCUCAAGGACAAAGUCCAACCUACUUUUGUUAAGGAACGUCGAGCUAUGAAGAGAGAAUAUGAAGAAUUCAAAGUUAGAGUAAAUGCACUUGUGGCCAAAGCCUUGAAGGUUCCUCCAGAAGGGUGGAUUAUGCAAGAUGGGACGCCAUGGCCAGGAAACAAUACUAAGGAUCACCCUGGUAUGAUUCAGGUCUUCCUUGGUCACAGUGGAGGCCAUGAUACUGAAGGAAAUGAGCUUCCUCGUCUUGUCUAUGUUUCCCGUGAGAAAAGACCUGGUUUUCAACAUCACAAGAAAGCUGGUGCCAUGAAUGCCCUGGUUCGCGUCUCUGCGGUGCUUACCAAUGCUCCUUUCAUGCUGAACUUGGAUUGUGAUCACUACAUUAACAACAGCAAAGCUGCGCGGGAGGCCAUGUGUUUCUUGAUGGACCCCCAGGUAGGAAAGAAGGUUUGCUAUGUCCAAUUCCCUCAAAGAUUUGAUGGCAUUGAUAGGAAUGAUCGUUACGCCAACAGAAACACGGUCUUCUUUGAUAUUAACAUGAAAGGUCUAGAUGGACUUCAAGGUCCUGUAUAUGUCGGUACAGGAUGUGUUUUCAGAAGGCAAGCUUUAUAUGGCUAUAACCCUCCAAAAGGUCCUAAGCGCCCAAAGAUGGUAAGCUGUGACUGCUGCCCAUGUUUUGGACGCCGCAAGAAGCAAAAACUUGCGAAGCUUGGAGCAACUGAAGAGGGCGUAAACCUACAAGGAAUGGAUGAUGACAAGGAGCUAAUGAUGUCCCAGAUGAAUUUUGAAAAGAAGUUUGGGCAGUCCGCAAUUUUUGUGACUUCAACCUUGAUGGAACAGGGUGGUGUGCCUCCUUCCUCAAGUCCAGCUGCCCUGCUCAAAGAAGCCAUUCAUGUUAUUAGUUGUGGAUAUGAAGACAAAACUGAAUGGGGUCUUGAGCUUGGUUGGAUCUACGGAUCUAUCACAGAGGAUAUUCUCACAGGUUUCAAAAUGCAUUGCCGUGGUUGGAGGUCCAUAUACUGUAUGCCACGUAGACCAGCAUUUAAGGGUACAGCUCCCAUCAACCUGUCAGAUAGGCUUAACCAGGUGCUUCGGUGGGCCCUUGGUUCCAUUGAGAUCUUUUUCAGUCGCCACUGUCCUUGUUGGUAUGGCCACAAGGAAAAGAAGCUCAAGUGGCUAGAGAGAUUUGCCUAUGCCAACACAACUAUCUAUCCCUUCACCUCGUUACCUCUCCUCGCCUAUUGUACCCUUCCUGCCAUCUGCUUGCUCACCGACAAAUUCAUCAUGCCACCGAUAAGCACUUUUGCAAGUCUCUACUUCAUUGCCCUGUUCAUUUCGAUCUAUGCCACGGGUAUUCUUGAGCUCAGAUGGAGUGGAGUUAGCAUUGAAGAAUGGUGGAGAAAUGAGCAAUUCUGGGUCAUUGGUGGUAUAUCGGCACAUCUCUUUGCUGUUGUGCAAGGUCUGCUGAAGGUUUUGGCUGGAAUUGACACCAACUUCACUGUCACAGCCAAGUCAGCAGACGAUGAAGACUUUGGAGAGUUAUAUGCCUUUAAAUGGACAACCCUUUUAAUCCCUCCAACCACAGUCUUAAUCAUCAACCUUGUUGGAGUUGUUGCUGGGAUCUCAGAUGCCAUAAACAAUGGAUACCAAUCAUGGGGACCUCUAUUUGGGAAGCUUUUCUUUGCCUUCUGGGUGAUUGUCCAUCUCUACCCAUUCCUUAAAGGUCUGAUGGGGAGGCAGAACCGGACACCAACAAUCGUUGUCAUAUGGUCAAUCCUUUUGGCUUCUAUCUUCUCCCUGCUUUGGGUCCGAAUUGAUCCAUUUGUGUUAAAAACCAAGGGACCUGACACUAAGAAUUGUGGAAUUAAUUGCUAGAGUAUGUGUUUUCCCUCUUGUCCUCUUUGCUCUCCGCAUCUAUGGAAGAUACAUAUACAUUCUUGUUAUCAUGAGGUGUAAGAACCAACAAAGGGGAAAUGCACAAGAAUGAAUAAAGAAAGAGUGAAAUUUUGUGUGUAGCAAAUGCAAUGUAAACAGUUUUGUAAUUGAAUUGAAACAAAUGUUGCUUA